ACUGAGUUACCAGGAGGGGGACAAGAUGGAUUUGAGCACGCGGCCGUUGCAGCCGCUACCCGAGACAGACAGCGAAGUCAAGCCGCCCACGGAUGUGCUGACGACGCGAGUCGCCAAGAGCGUGUUCUCCAUACGGUCGCUGGUCGGAGACGAGCUCGCCUGCACCGAUCCCGAGCCUGCGCCGUCCCCGCCUUCGUCCUCGGAGGGCAGCCGCGAGUCGUCGACGCCCGCGGCCGGCGCCACCCCCGCCAGCCACUGCGACGGGGACUCGGACCACGGAGGCGGCUGCGGCGCGGUGCCCGCCCCCGCGCUGGCGCCCGCCCCCGCAGGCGGAGGUGGAGGCGCGCCCUCGGACCACGACGACCUGGACGAGGCGGAUGCCGAGGCGGAGGCGCCGCGGCGCAAGCAGCGCCGCUACCGCACCACCUUCACCUCGUUCCAGCUGGAGGAGCUGGAGAAGGCCUUCGCCAGGACGCACUACCCGGACGUCUUCACCAGGUGA